CCCACAUUUAUUCCUGGCUAACUACAUCACUAUUUCAUUUAACAUGUGCUCUUUUUAGUGUUGUAGUCAACAUUGCAACAUUCAAAGUCAGUCAGAAGUUCCUUGUUACUGUUAGAUUGAAGGAUUUAUGUGAAGGUAUUGCUAAGCAACCUACGUGUUGAAAAAUGGCAUUUGCAGGAAAGCCGACCGCGCACACUGAUUUAUUCCUCGCGUUGAGUCGUGAAAUGACCAGCGACAAUUUCCAGGAAUUGAAAGAGGUGACAAAGGCGAAGGAAUUCGGCAACUUGAAGCCAGGCGAACUGGAGAAAAUCAAGAACCUGGCAGAAUUGUUCCAGCGGUUGGAGCACAAACGCAUCAUCGAAGUUGGUAACUACGAAAAGCUGAAAAAGAUUUUGAGUAAAAUUGACCAGGAUCAUUUAAUCGAGUACAUCCAGAAAACGGAAUCUGCUUUGAGAGAAAAGGGUCUUUCUAAAAAGCGAGAUUAUGAGGAGUCGGCUUUUACGAGUGCGGUCGCCAUGGAGACGGAAAGACCACCACCCUCCAAGAACAACAAUAAUAUGAGGAUGACGUCGCAAAGCAGUUUGGAUGAUGCUAUGCCUUGUGGUGCCCCUAUGGACAUCGUUGAUGUCAGUCGAGAAACAGACGAUCGCCCGCGCUACCCAGAUGGCAGAGGCUUUGUUCUGUUCAUCAACAAUUUCGUGGACACGCCACGACUACGUCGCAUUGGUUGCGAAAAGGACUCCAAAAACAUUGAGGACCUAUUUGACGAUGAGCUCAAUUACAAAUUCGUCAAGUGCGAAGAUCUGACAAAGCCCAAACUUGCGAAGGUGUUAGAGGAAACGAAGGACAAACUGCGGAGGGGCAAGUUUAACAAGUUUAUCCUCAUCAUUUGCAGUCACGGUGAGCAGAUCAUUGUGAAGAAAGAUAACAAGAAACUGACUGAGGAACGCAUUAUGAUGGUAGAUGACACGAGCAUUACAGAAGAGGAUCUGACAGCGCCGUUUAUGGGAGAUCAGCUGAAAGAGUUUGAAGGCAAACCGAAAGUGUUCAUCAUUCAGGCAUGUCGUUCACCGAGGGGCGACUCGUCCGACGAUUUGACGGGAGAUCGACAGCGGCGCUCUUACCAGGACGGUGAGCCUGGCCUGCCCUCCCUCACGCGCCCCGUCAAUGCCGACGUUCUGAUAUCCUACGCCACCACCAAAGGAACUAAGGCUUGGCGUAACGAAGAGGAUGGUUCAUGGUUCAUCCAUCAACUUUGCGAGAUCUCCAAGCAGCGAUACAAGGAAGAGCAUCUGAUGGAUCUCCUCGUAAGAGUCAACAAUCAGGUGGCCAGGAUGGAAUCCACAGAGGAUCGCUCUAAACAGAUGCCUUGCCAAAUAUCCACACUGACCAGACACAUCUGGCUCUAAACUUCUCGUCAGUCGUCAGCCCUACCCGUACGUAACUUUAUCGACUAUGGGCCGUUUUACACAUUGAAGGGAUUUUUAAUAAUCAGAAGUUCUCUUGCACGACUCAUAUGUAUUUUUGAAUGUCGAGGUGUGUGCUUAUUAAGUUCCAGUAACCCUAUGGGUGCAGACCAGUAAAUCGGUCUGAAAUUGCCUGCGCCGGCCAAAUCACGAUUUGCAUGCCCUCAAAA